AUGGCAAAACAAUCCAUACUUUUAUUGUCAUCUGCAAUGGUGGUUUUAUUAUUAAUUUCUAUUGAUUUAACAAGUGCUGCAUGUCCAUCAGGUUAUGGUGUGUGUUCAAAUUAUGCCACUAAAUGUUGUCCUAAUGGUCAAGUGUGUGUUUCAUCUGAGUAUUGUUGUCCAACUGGCGGAUGGUAUCUUUGUCAAACAAAUCGAUGUUGUCCACCAAAUUAUGUCGGUAAAUUACUUUCAAGUGCUGGUGGUAAAGAUUUAUCACUUUUAGCAUCAGUACAAGUUUAG